ACAUCUCGGGGAGAUAGCCGCAGUCCGAAUUAUUUGGCUAUUGUUGGAAAAGACACGUCCAUGUAUGAAAGCCGCUGGCUUGCGGCUGCAGGCAAGCCCCAAAGACGUGCGUGUUACUCCUAGCCGCAUCUGAAUGGGGUACCAGCCUAAUGGCAUCAUUAAGAGCUGAAGCAAUUACGCGAUGUACACUGUAUGGGGAGCAGGCCGGUAAAAAAGCCAGCUAGCUACCUCCAUGGUAAAAGCAUAAGUGAGUGCUCCUGCUAAACAGCGAAGGUGAUCUUGGGAAUUCUGGAAUUAGGAUGAUUUUUUUUUCAAGAGACCGAUUAUUCCAAACCAAGUCUCCUUAAUAUAGUCGUUUAAAUUCCGAUGGCUUCCCAAGUAUCGUAGAUCUGACAGUCCGAACAUGUCAUUUUGUUUAUGACUCAUCGCGACCGGGCGACGACUGUGACGAUUUUGGGCGGUGAGCCGGACCCAUGGCCCAGUGGAGAGACGACGCGGUGGACCCCCAGUUCAACGGUGGUUCGCCCGAUGAGUCACCCCAGUAUCAGCAGGGUGGUGUCGGAAAAGUCAACGGAGACCACAUGUCACAAAGUAAUGAACCACUUUACAUGAACGCUCAACAUUUAAUGAAUGGCAGUGCUUCAGAAAGCGAUCUUCAGCGCAUCAGUGACACCAUAAACAACCUCAGUUUAAGCCCGCGACCCGUUGUAACUGCCCAGUCGAACACCGACUGUACUAUCGUUUCCUGCUCCAGCAGUCUGCCCACCGUGGCCCCGAAACCGUCCAAAACUAAAACCCAACACCUGAACCACCGGAGCAAGUCCACCAGCCAGAUGGGUUUUCAGUUUCAUGUCAGUGAACAAAUUACCAAGUCGGGGAAUCGGAAUGGUGCUGCCGGUGACGGCAGGGAGACUGAAUUGGAGAACAGAACUUUACGAUUUGUUGGGAGGAGAGGCCUCUCUGCGGGUGGAGAUGAUAUCACAAGUGCAAAGGGAACAGUGAGGGGUGUAACAAACAGGGUCAAAGCAGGUAUUAUGAACUUUACAUACAAGCCACUGAAUCACAAAAAGAAGGCAGUCAACAACGAUGAUGAAAGGGACAAGAUCAUCAUCUAUACCACCAGCAUGCGCAUCGUCCGACAGACCUUUGAAGACUGCCAGUUUGUGCGUAAGCUGUUCCAGAACCACAGGGUCAGGUAUGAGGAGCGGGAUCUCUUCAUGAACUCACAGCACCAGCAGGAACUGAAGGAUCGCUUGGAGGGGGAAAGCCAGCAGGCAACGCUGCCCAUAGUCUUCAUUGAUGGGGAACUUGUUGGGGAUGUAGAGACACUGGAAGAGUUGAAUGAAACGGGACACCUGAGAAAAAUUUUGAAGAGAUUUGAGAAAACCAUACCCACAUCGGACUGCCCAGAGUGUGGCGGGUUCCGUUACAUGCCCUGCCAGGUCUGCAGUGGCAGCAAGAAGUCGUUGCACCGCAACAACUUCACCGACCAGUUCCAGGCGCUGCGCUGCUCCCACUGUGACGAGAAUGGCCUGCAGAAGUGCCCGCAGUGCAAUCAGUGAGACAGGUCUCUAGACAAUGCCACAACUAGAGGAGAGAUGACUUGUCUGCUUGCACUAGCCACUGCUAAAAUUGGCAGUCGAUGAUGCAACCUUAACAAUGUAUUUUACACUUUACACCUGUGACCCAGUCCUGCAAAAAUGAGUCUUUAGUUAUAGUUUGUAUUAGGCAAAAUCAGUCUGACCUUCUUGUUGUAAGCCAUCACUCAGUUUGGCAUCCUGAUCAAAAUACACAUUGUACUGGUAUGGUUGAAGAAGGUUUAGGGCUCCUGUUCAUUUACAUUAUGUCAAGAAUGGCCUUUAGCUCAAAGUGGCUGUCUUGACUCUGGACUCUUUCUUGUGUAGGUUGGGUCACAUAUUUACCUAUGGUGAUUAUGGAUCACUAAACAUGUUACCGGUGGCUCCAACAGCAAUCAGAGAAGUCACUGUUUUAAGUGAAAUCUACCAUUUUCAAAUGGUAUCAACUUUGUAGUCAAAACAAGAGCUGUAUUCAAAUUCAGUGCCUCGUGUAUAAAAAGUCCAUUUCUACAAGUUAACACCAGAGCAUAUUUGCUGACUCAUUUGACAUGCAGCUAUCUUGUACCAGUAGCUAGUUACUUUUUUAUCAGAGAAAAAUAUUUUAUGCUUAACUUAAUACAUCGCAGAAUAUGGACAUUUCUCAAUAGUGCGCCUCCAAGAAUUUGCAACGCGUUGGUCAAUCUCAAUGCUCGAAAUCUGUCGACCCACUGUGCGUAUGAAAAGGGUCAACAAAUUCUGUCAUGUACAUGCAGUAUUCAUAUGAUAAAAAACGACAUGGCUUUAGUAUGUCAGCAAAACACACUCCUAUUUUUUAAAAUGUGAAAUGUUGAUUUGGUGCCCACCCUGUUGUCGCAUAUGCACAUUAAGUGAGCCACCUUCGUGUACUUGUGCAUGUACGGAUGCAAUGGAGCAUUGUUAAGCUGAACAGAAAUUUACUAAGAACAUGAAAUAUCUGCUUAGCAGCUACCUGGUUCUCAGAUGAGUUUUGCUGAGCAAAAUACAAAAUUGAAGUAAAAUUGAAAUCCACGUAAGUGUACUUCUGCAAAUUCGUACCCUGAUGAAACCAUGGAAUGCAUGAAAUGCUAACUACCCGGUACCUUUACAGAAAUUUGGUUUUGUUUUAUAUCGGAUUGCAUGGUUCAGGUAGUGUCAUGUAUUUUUAUCAUAAAAUCCCCUUGCAGAGAUGUCCAAGGAGCCAGAUACUAUUAGCAUUAAGGUGCAUUAUCUACUGGUUGGGUGUCCUAUUCAAUCUUGAGUGGUUGUUAACAGACCAGCGCACACCCAUACACACAUCUUGGAUCAGUCAAUAAACUACAAGAGAGGCCCUAUAUCUGGAGGCGGAAGGCAAGCAUAGGCAGGGCCUUGGUUUGGCCAUUCACCAGCCCUAGCAUAGAAAGAGACACGGGGAAAGAUUUUACAUGGUAGUUAUUUGGAUUAGUGUACGGUACAUCACACCGCUAACUUUCCAGCUCAGUUUACGAUGGCGUUUCUAAGUGCCAUUUUAAAUUGGAAAGAUCAACCUUUCAUGGCUGGAUGCUGUACCCUGUGCUGUGACGAGAAGAAAGUGGGAGCAUGUUUAGGCUCUUCUCUGGUUAAAUUGGAAUGAAGGGUUUGCUGUGAAAUGGAGAUGUGACAUUCUAAAGCCUACGGUGUCUUACUUUGGACCCUAAAUUUAUGGAAUGACUCUUGUUUGCAAUUUCUCAGCAAGUUUUCAGUUGGAUGCAUGGAACAUGAGCCCAAGGCUACACUCAUGGCACUGAUGGCAGGGUGACAUGAGUGUUUCCUUCUCCCCACUCCCAACAUGUCACCAGACUAAUGCUUUACUGAACAUGGAGGUGAGGGGAUCAAUCUGGUAAUGGAUGGUUUGAUACUAAUAGGCAAUUUGUCCAAUGAAUUCUCAAUUUUUGGUCCACUAAUUGGUGAUGGAGAUAAUGGGCUGUUCCCUCUGGAGUCUUUGCAGGAAAUGAGAGCUCUGUGUUUUUAAAUUUAAUGGAGCCAGUGUAGCUGUACCAGUGUAUUUUUGUGAAGCUUUUUUUUUUUUGAUCUGUGUAUUUGUAAACAGGCUUUGUCAUGUAAGGGGUUAAUGGAAUUUAAAACAAGGGCACUGUUUUUUGUCAAAUUCUGUUGUGUUUUUUCCGAGAAACAGAUCACUCACUGCACAUAAGUUUGUUCACUGAUUUCUUCUUGAAAGCAAAAGAGACAGGCAGUUUCAAUAAGUAGCUUCAUGAGAAACGGUCUUUUUAGAGCUUUCAAGCAGAAACAAACAUGAUAUUUCAGUAUAUGCCCUCUGUAAAAUCACUGCACUGCUCAACACCAUUCAAAUUCAUAAGCAUAAUGUAAUAUAGCUGUACUCAUGAAUAUUCAAAUUAUUAUAAGCCUUUUAACAUGGGCCAUGAUUGUCUUCAGCAAGAUUCCCAGAGUGGGAAUAAAAUGCGAUAUGUUGUAAUUACAAAAACACAUUUUAAACUGUAAAUUAUAAAGAGUUUUUCUUUUUAAGUUUAGCGUGAAUAUUUCAACGUUGUUGGUGAUAUCAAGUCAUGCCUUUUUUGUAGUUUUUGAUGUAAAUUAUUGCGUUUGGAAUUUGUAAACAUAGAUUGUUUAAUAGGUUGAGUGUACAUGUAUUUUUGGUUUGUUUUUUGUAUUGUUCUUAAAAUGAUGAACUUGUGUGUCUUUGUCUUGCCCUAAUAACAGGCCUGUUUAUUGUUAGGCAGCUGUCUCGAUUAUUGUUCAUUAAAAAAAAACCUAUUAAGAUUUCUGAAUUCUAAGAAGGAAAACUUUCAAUGUUGUUUGGUACAAGAAACACAGUGAAACCUAGAAUGCAAGGUGCUAGGUUUGUUGCAAGCAAAUAGAGUGGAAAGAGUGAGAAUUUCAGAUUUGGGGAAAAAGAGACACUCAUGAUGAAGCUGUCCAUAUGCGCAUAUAGACCAGCCCAUACGUUCUUAUACAACUCUACCUGUAUGUGGAAAAAAUCACCUCGAAAAAUCAAGUGAUAUUGUGGAGCGUUGUGUUGGUUGGAUGACCUUUGAAUGAGAUCCCAAAGUAAAAACAUUCGUCCUCAGAGAGAAUGAUACUGAUCUUGAAAUCCAAAUAUUCAAAAAUUCUAUGACCAUGAAAUAUCAUUUCUGUGUGGCACACUUGGAUAUUUAAAAAGAUCAGACUUGAUUUUCUGAAGAACACUGAGUUUUGCUUACUUAAGCAUAUUACUUCCAGCCUGCAUUUUGGUAUGUGUGAUCUGUGAGUCAUACGUAUGUCUGGGACCAAAUUUCAGGUUUCUUUUCUUUACCAAGACCAGGCUUUCCUACUGCCAGAUAUAUGCUACUUGCAGAGCAGAACUUCAUGAAAUCUUGAUCUUUAGUAACCAAAAAUAACAGAAUCCAUCAUUCUUGGAAAGUCAAACAUUCUAAACAGGGCAUAAUGUUUACUUAAAACUUGCCUUUGUAAAUUGUACCAUACUUUGAAAAUGCAAAGAAUAAGGUAGGUUUGAAAAGUAAUAUCUAUUUUUGGCUGUAAUUAUGUCAACAAUAUGCAAUGCAUCUAUGUGUGUACAUGUACGGUACACUCAACAGUGUUUUGUAACUUUUAUGUCCUUGCAGGAUAAAUAAUACAAACAUGGCCAAGGGCUGUGAUGACGUUACAUGUAAUUACAAUGGCUAGAGGAGUUGUAAUGAUUUUAAUUAUUGUUAGUGUAAACAUGUUUGAUUGAUGCUGCUGACAUUUUUUCUCAUGUUUCUGUAGUGUACAAUGUACAUACCGGUAUAUACAUGUAGCUUUGUCAAAAGCAACACAACCCCCCUCCCCAGUGUAAGGCAAACUGUGCUAUGUUACCUCUGAUCUGCAAGCAGUCACACAUUUUGACUGUUUAAAGGUCAGGAUCUGAUAAAAUUUUGCAAAAUUGAUAACGGUUUUUACACAUUUGUAUUGAGUGGACAGCAAGAUACUUGUAAAGGUAGGCAUUGUACAUACAUGAGUACAUGAACAGUCUGGUAUGCUUGGAAUGUUUCGCUAUUGAUAAUUUAUGUAAGUUUUUUCGUGCCAUUGAUAAUUCAUUCAGAUUUGAUUUUUCUUUUCAUAUAAAUAUCACUGUUCAGAGGCUUGGCAGCAGACAAAAUCUGUGUUAAUUUUGGGCCAGAAUUAUUUACAUGUAUGUAGCAGCAAUUGAAUAAACAAAUUUGGUCUCAUCUUGGAGAUGUUUGUAUGCUGAAGGGUGAAAAAAAUGCAUUGUACACAGUAACAGAUUUAUUUGUACAUUUUGGCAAAAAUUGCUCUUAUUUAUUGUGUUAAUCAGCUUCAUAUAUUUUCACAACUUGUCUCUAUGUAGUUUGUAAUAAUUGAAGAUGUUUAUCAAAUAGAUUGUUUAACAGAUGAUAUGUUUAAUCCUGAUGUUUAAGUCUACAUUUUUGUUGGUUAUGCAAGAAGUCUCCCAGUAAUUUUCUUUGGUCACAAGUGUGUAAGAGAGGGAUAUAUCACAUCCAUGUUUAUGCAAAGGAUAAGGUAUUCCUUGGGGUACUAUUUUCUGUAAGAUAACACUUUUAAACCAUUAUUUUUUUUGAUUUGCAAAUGAGGUUGCUCAUAUUUUAUUCAAGGGUCCACGUUUAAUUCUAUGCACCAGGUUUAAAUGAAUACAUUGACUUCUGAAUUGAACAUGUUUUUUUCCUUCACCACAGUUUAUGCAAAUUGAUCACGUCAUACAAGUAUCGUAAUCAUUUGUUCCUCAUGUAUAAAUGAAGCUCAUUUAUGUCCAGUGUAUCACAUUUGAAGACUUUUUUUAAGACUUAGAUAUGGGCUCUCUACAAACAUGCACGUACAUGUACAUACACAUAACUUGUGCGUGUGAUGUGCUGAUUUGUCCUACAGAGUUCCAGUGAAAAUAUUGGUCUAAACUAAUGUUCAGGUAAGUGUUCCGAGUGUAUAUGCAUGGUAUUCCAAACUAUGUACAUCUAUUGGUUGUGAGGAACAUGGUGUUCAAGAGAUUCUCUCCCUGAUCAGCUGAUUCAGUUCAGUUUAAUGGACAUAGUAGCCUAACCCAUCAAAUUCCAUCAGAAUCUAACACCUGUAGGUUCUUAAUGUUUGAUAGAAUGGUUACCCAUAAUAGUUCCCACCUAUUGUUACCUGGCAUGGAACCCUUUGUAUAGCUUUGAGUGUGUAAAGGAUGUGUGUAAAGGUAUAAAGUGCCUGUGUUGGAUUCUGUUAGAUCCAGGCAGGUUUCUGGCAAAAAUGUUGUGGGACGUGCUCACUGCUUACCAGCAAGGGCACUGAUUGCUCAUUGGGAGUAGUUUCUUAUUCAGUGUUAAUACAAACAUGGCUUACAGUUGCAGAGCCUGUGCUGUGACAUUCAAUUAGUCAAGUUAAGAUGUCUUUCGCUUUUGCCAUUUUGCAAAAGGAAAAUUUGUCACCACUUCACACAUUUGUAUAUUGUGCCGAGUAUUACUCCUGCCCUUUGUCAGCAGAGCAACUUGCUCAUGUCUGUUCUCUUACAGGCAUCCUGUAGAUACUUGAAAUUGUUUUGAACCACACUCAUCCAAAAAGCUGCUCCUAUGGUCAUGUGUAUUUUCAUUUGAUAUUUGACAUCAUUUUGCACGGCCUUUGUCAAUGACUUGUCACAAAUUAGUCUAUAAUUGAUUGUCAUGUGGUUGCAUUUUUGACCUAAGUGGUACCAUUUUAAGGGAAGGAAACCUGACAAGAGUGAUGAAAUUAAGCAGUAUUAUCGUUCUCUUCAUUUUUGGUCAGAUCAUUCAUACAGCAAAUAAGUUGACUACCGAUGUGAGCCACCUUAUACUUUUUGCCUUGACAAGUGUACUCGGUUAGUGGUGCAUAAAUAAAUGCCUUCAUUAUAACGGCUCUAAUGAACAUCUGGUUUGGCACUGCAUGAUAAUAUUCCCAGUUCGUCAUUAAUUCUGUAAUAUCCAUAGUAGUGUGGAAUAUACAUAUAUGUUGUAAUUGUAUUCAAAUUCUACUUACAUAUACGAGCUGUUAUUCCUGAAGUUGUUUUCUGCAAAUAAAUGUGAUAUUCAAGUCUUUAAAUAUGAAAUUAUCAAGAUAAUUGAUGAAAGUAUAUGGACCCGAUUCUCAUUCAGUCUUUCACACAUAGCAACAUGCAUUUUAGAGUGCAAAUUACAUGUAGCUCUAGUGUGUAUAUAUAUAUAUUGCUGGUAAAGGUACGUGUACAUGUAUAUUAGAAUUCUUGACAAUGGAAUUUACUAAAUCACAGGACGUACUAUAUGUAUAUGAUUUGAAAUGUAAUAUUUUUGCACUCAGGUAAAAAGAAACUUUCUUAAAACUUAUUCCUAAACCAACAUGCACCAUACACAAGGUUGAUUGAAGAGAGAUUGUAAAUGUUGUUGGGUCUGACUGGAAACGGGCUAAGCUUGUAAGAAAUCGUUAAACCAAAUUAUGGAAUAAUUAGUUUGCUUUGGAACAUGUGUGCCCAAAGCUCUUACAGUUGGACCUAAAAUGUCAGACAUGUGGAAGUUCUACUUGUCACAACCAUUUGAGCUUCAAGUUGGAAGUUUUUCUUUCAAAAAGAUUUUGGCAGUGUUAAAUUCUAGCAAUGAGAUUUCCAUUAUGGGCAUGGAUAGCAGUUUGAGCAACAUUCCUCCGUUUGUUGAGGCCAGUUAUGCAUUUUCCUACCUGUCUGAAAUUUGAGCUAUCUGACGUCAUGAGCUUAAAAGACAUCACACAAACUGAAACAAGUGUCCAAUAGUCACAUUAGAUCAAAACCAAACUGAGGGUUUAUAAUUAUGAACAUUCCAAAUUGUGUAAAAUGUACCUCAAAAAAUGAAUAAAAUUUAGAAACACUUUAUAAAAAAGCUUGUUACAAUUUGACAGGUGAAUAUCACUUAACAUUCAUAUUUGCUAUAAGCAGAAAUAUUUUUGCGCAGAAAUGCCAAUCGGCUUAAAUUAUCCAGCAGCAUUAUCAAUUGACAAGAUAAUGUAUUUGACUUAGCGCAGGAGUUUUAAAACCUGAAGUAAGAAACAUCGAUACGUUAACUAAUCAACACGAUGACAUAAAAAUUCCAGGUCAUGCUUUCUUCAAAUGAUAUUAUUCAUGUACGUAUGCUGAGAGGAUAAAUGUAAGAAAGCUGAAAGUUUGGUUUUAAUUUUGUUAUAUAAAAUGGUAAAAUGUUACAGAAAAAAAGAUGUUUGAUACGCAAUAUACAACAUACCCAGUUUGUCUCUGUAUUUAUCUCACACAAGGUGGUCUUUGUGAUUCUUAAUUGGUGAGUAAACCAAUUUGAUUGGAUUGGUGUGCCUUCUGGUGACUGUCAAUGUACAUGUAUAUAGAAAUACCAUGGGAUGUGAUUAAACUAUUUUAUCGCAAGUCA